AGAGCAGCCAAUCAACACCGUCGCUGCUUCCGGGAGCAAAGUCUCCACCCAUCCGCCUGGACUCCGCUAGGCGGCGGAUCAUGAGUCUCCCAGCCCUCCUGCUGCUGCUUUGCGGGGGAGGGGGCCUGGCCCCGUCGGAGGCGAGCACGGGCUCCCACUCCCUGACAUAUUUCUACAUCGCGAUGUCCCGGCCCGGCCUCGGGGAGCCCCGGUACUUGGAGGCGGGCUACGUGGACGACACGCAGUUCGAGCGGUUGGACAGCCACGCAGAGAGUGGGAGGGCAGAGCCGCGGGCGCCCUGGGCGGAGCAGCUGGGACAGGAGUACUGGGACGUGGAGACCCGCAUCUCCAAGGAAAACAUACAGUAUUACCAAGAGGGUCUGCGCACCCUGCGCGGCUACUACAACCAGAGCGCGGCCGGCUCUCACACCCUCCAGGGGAUGCACGGCUGCGACGUGGGGCCCGACGGGCGCCUCCUCCGCGGGUACACUCAGUAUGCUUAUGACGGCGCCGAUUACAUCGCCCUGAACGGGGACCUGCGCUCCUGGACCGCGGCGGACACGGCCGCUCAGAUCUCCAGGCGCAAGUGGGAGGCGGCCGGAGGAGCCGAUGACCAGAGGAACUACCUGGAGGGCACGUGCGUGGAGUGGCUGCUCAGACACCUGGAGAUCGGGAAGGAGAUGCUGCAGGACCAGGUAGGAGGGCUUGGAGAUGCCCCAAAGACACAGGUGACCCACCACCCCACCUCUGACCAGAAGGUCACCCUGAAGUGCUGGGCCCUGGGCUUCUACCCUGCAGACAUCACCCUGACCUGGCAGCGAGAUGGGGAGGACCUGACCCAUGACAUAGAGCUGGUGGAAACCAGGCCCCAGGGGGAUGGAACCUUCCAGAAGUGGGUGGCUGUGGAGGUGCCUUCUGGAAAAGAGCAGAGAUACACUUGCCAUGUGCAGCAUGAGGGGCUGCAGGAGCCCCAAGUCCUGAAUUGGGUGCUCCCUCCUCAGUCCUCCAUCCCCACCGCAGGCAUCAUUGCUGGCCUGGUUCUCCUUGGAGCUAUGGUGGUAUUACCUGUGAUGUGGAGGAAGUGCUCGGGUGAAAGAGGACAAAACUAUACUUGGGCUGCAAGCAGCGACAGUGCCCAGGGCUCUGAUGUGUCUCUCAGUCACUAAAGUGUGAGCCAGCUGCCUUGUAUGGACUGAGUGAUUCAGGGUUUCUUCUUGUUUCCACAUUGUGACUUCAAGAUCCACUGGUUUCCGUUCUUGUAAAGGGCAUGUACAUGUGUCUGUGUUCCUAUUAGCAUAAGGUGAUGAGAUGGGGCAUCUAGCCUAGUUUUCCCCCCUGGACCCUCCCCACACUGACCUAUAUUCUGCCCCUGAUGACUAUCCUGUUUAGCAGAAGUAGGCUGGGCUAGAUGCAUUCCUGACUGAACUUUGUGUUUUCCGAGGAAACCUCCUUCCUGAAAACAAUGAUGAAAAUAUGAAAUUAUUUUUUCUAUUUUUAAUGAGAGGUUGAUGGGUUAACAAAUAUAUUCCUAAACUUGGUAUGGAAAUGAAUGCAAGACAUGAGCCACUUCCAGAACUGCAUAUUUGCUGUGCUGAGUCUGUGUAGGUGGGGAAAGGAGAGAUUGUGAGGAGCCGAGGGGGACAGGGCCUGUCUCUAGUAGGUGCUUUGACGUGCUCACUCCUCAGGGGUCAUCUUUCUGCUCCUUUGUCCUUAUCCGUCAGUAGCACCUGUCCCAGCAGGACCUGUGAUCACAGGGACUCAAAUACCAGACAUUCCUGUCUCCAGGAAUGGACCAGACAUUCCUAUCUCCAGGAAUGUGGGUGGAGGCUGUGUGUGGCCAGGUCAGCCUAGGCUAAAGCCAUGGUUUGUCCCUCAGUCCUCAUACUCUGUGUUAAUAUUUUAGUUCUUUGGUUUUUAUAGGAUCACACCUGUUCUCUUUCAUGUUUAGAGACCAGGCAUCAUGUCCUCUGGGUGUCCAGUCUCUGACAGCAGCCAGAGGCAACUGACAUUGUCCCCACAAGUCCCACGGAAGCCCCUGCUCACAGAAGUCUGGUUAGAUAUUAGUUCAGAUGCAUCCAGUUUUUGAACUCCUUCUAGGAUUGUUUUACGGGUUAUUCCUAUCUUUUUAAAAGAACCAAAUCCUGGUAUUAGUAGAGAGUACGGUCAGAUAAUUCCUCCUCCUAGAUAAGGUCCUGUUGGGUUUCUGUCUUCUCUGCAACUGCCUCCUCUCCCUGCCCUCAGGUCUGGUUAUCCCAGUGCUGCUUUGGUCCCAGACUCAUAGGGUGAUAGUCUAGGUUACAUUCACAGAUGGCUGAAAAGUAGGACCCAUAAACCUAGGGUUCUCUUUUCUUUUAAGAUUUAUUUAUUUAUUCAUACAAGAACUGGGGUAUAGGCUAGAGGUGUGGGGGGUAAGAGGACCCACCAAAGACAGAGGGGGAGGCAGAACAGGCAGAUUGACUGAAAUACACUGCUGAGGGGAACAGCGGGUGAGCUAGGAGAGGUCUGCUGUGCCAUGUGGGUAGCUCCCUGGCUAGGGAUCAAACUCAUGCUGCAGUGGCAGCCGAUAGCUACAUAGCCCACCUGGACCCUUCCCUUGCGCCACCGGGGAGGCCCGGGUUCUCUUCUCUGAAGAGAGAAAUAUACUGUGUACAGGAGGGCUGGUGUGGGAGGGAGAGGUAGAUGGAUCAGAGAGGACAGCACUUGGGAGGGAAGCUGUGAGAGCACUGAAUUCACUGUGAAUAGAGAUGUGAGUGGCAUGUGGCCUGAGGCCACAUUAGUAAAGAUACUGUCUUUAUAAUAGGGAGGUGGUCUACGCGUGAUCAUUCCUUGAAUUGAUAUUUAUUGUGUGGCAGAUAAUUGACACAAUAUUUGUACAUCUAGGAAACCUCAAGGAACUAAAAAUGAGCCAAACUUGCCAGCCUGUGGAGUGGUAUCUCCUAGUGGGAAGAGGAGACUAUAUAUAGUAUGUGUGAA